GGGAUGCCAUGACGUGUUGACGUUCAUUGUGUUAUCGCUCUCUCAUUUCAACCAUUCAUUAUAUGGCUGACGCCACAUAAAACAAAGCGAGUUCCGUUACGCUACGCCACACACGAGGGAAUAAAAUGUAUGUCACCACACGGAGCUAAAACGAACGAGGAAGAUCAGAGAGAGCCCGCCCUCCCAGCACCGCAAACGCCCCCAUGCACUGCACACACAUAGUCCUGCAGCUACCCCCAAACCCCCCACUACCCCCCACUAAGAAAAAACAACACUUCACAGGUCGAUAGACAGAAACAGCUGAGGGCGAGGAAGGCCGGUGAGUUGGCCGGCGCCUGGCGGUCAGGCACACCCGACCGACACACGGCCUUCCCGGCACUGCACUGAAUAAAGAGGAUAGGAAAAAGUAGCUACGGACAUCCGGCAACCCGGACUUACUGCAUCUCAUCUCAAGGGUGGAUGUGCCGUGUGUGUCUUUCCGUGCUCAUGACGCCAGCCUGCAACCUGGCAACCAGAAUACACCGACAUGUUCUGAUCGUCGAGUUGCAGGCAGGCGCCGAAGACACGGGAAGCCAGAUGGCACCGUUCACCACAGGCCGGUAGAUAGACACAACCAACAGGAAGACACAACACAUACAUCUGUGAGGGCAUGCAUUCAUCAAUCAAUCGACUGCCUGUCUGGCUGGCUGGCUGAGCUGCCGACGAGAGAGAGGAGGGCGAGAGAGGGCGCAUUUCCUGGGUUUGGUGUGGCCAUCUGCAUAUAGCUGUCCAUCUCCCUCCCUCCCUAUUUACUGUCUAUGCGCGCCGAAGCCGCGAGGGGCAGAAGGCGGUGGUGCCCACGUACUUUUCGCAGUAGCUGUCCUCCUGAAUGAAACACACAGACAAACACACAGACAGACAGACAGACAACCACUGUGCGUGUGUGUCACACACUUUAGUCCAGUUCAACCGGUGGUUGGGUUGCUUACGCAGCCGGGCGGUUCGGGAAGGUCAUCUUUUUCUAUCCCGGUGCACUCGGCCAGUUCAUCAUUGCAGUUGUCCUUCCCGCACUCGACGCAUGCCUUUGAGCACUCCCUGCCGCCCAGCCCGCACACCGGAUCGGCACCGAAGGGGCCGCACUGCUUCGACCCGCACUGACACGCCUUCACGUAACACGCUAAGCAGCCUGGUCAUGACAUGACACACACCACACAACUCACGUGUACCACAGCGUCGGUAGGUUCCUCGGCCGUGUGUCUGUCUGUGAGUGCGUACUGUCAGAGAGCGGGGGCAUUCUUGCGCGCAUGAGGCUGCUGCUGCACAGCGCCGUGUAGUAGUUCUGCCAGAAGGGCGUCAUGUCCUCCUGAUACCCCGCACACAGACGGUCACACACACGCACAUCUCCGAACGGCCAACAGAGAUCCCGUCCCCCUGUCUGCAGCUCAUGUCAUGUGUCCUCUUUAGGUGUCCGUCUGUGCGCUCACCGCAUAGAGAAUCGCCUGAUCUGCCUCGCUGGUGCAGUCGGCAGAGGCGUACCCGACCACACUGCCGAGCACCGUCACGAACAGCGCAAGAAUCUUCAUGGGGAGGGACAGACGGAUAGAUGUGCUUGCCACGAGAGAUCUCGAAG